AUGGCUGGAGGCGCGGGCGAACCGUUGCCGUCGUAUCCCCUCCCCCCCCCUCUUCUCGGUUUCUUGGAACUCUCAUCAUCGUUCGAAUCAUGCCCUCCCUCCUCCUACUUUCCUUUCCUUUCCUGUAACGCCACCUGGCUCUACAGCUACAACAGCAACUCCGAAUACAUGCCCGUACGGCUCUCGGGUUCGGCUGGUCCGUCGCUGGAUGCCUGUACCAUCGUUAUGUGCGAUCUGCGCCUUACCUACGAUUACACGCCCAGGCUCAGGUACAAGCUCCGGAAGGAGAUUCAACUGUCAGCAGAGGAUGGGUUCCAGAAACCCCUUUUUAUUGCUCAGAAGAAACCUAAGAAUUGCGUUUUAGUAUCGCGAGCUCGAGCUCGAGCUCAAAUGGGUAGGAUGUGGACUCGUGGGUCUGAGAGUGGGGAUGGUGGUGGUGGCGAGGAGAUUUGGGAGGUAGGGGAGGAGAAUCUUGAAGGAGAGUUCAGGGGUGGACGGUCAGAUAGGUUGUUUUUUUCACGGAUAGGGUUUAUCCUCAGGGUGACGUCAACUGGAUUGUCUACGCAUGACAUUCCUAUGAACUCGAUACUCAACUGCGGCCUGCACACCUUACCAUACACCUCCCAAUCACCCCCGUCUGUUCAUCACAUUGCAUCGAUGGGAGUCGUCGUCUUCUUCUAA